CGCUGCGCACACAUCUGGUCAUGUGACUGUAACACAGCAGAAGCUUUACCAUAAACCAUUCAGUUUAUAAACAUAACUCGAUGAUCCAGUUUUUGCGAUGAUAUAUUAAAAUUGUAAGAAAAUGCUGCUCGUUUUAUCUGAGGAGCACAAGGAGCAUUUGGGAUUCUUGUCAGAAGUGGAUCCUACGGUGGUUGGUGAGUUCGGCAGAAUCGCUGUGGAGUUUCUGAAAAAAGGCUCGAAUCCUAAAAUAUAUGAGGGAGCUGCACGGAAGCUGAAUGUGUCGUCUGAGAGCGUGCAGCACGGCGUGGAGGGCCUGAUGUAUCUCCUAACAGAGAGCUCCAAGCUAAUGAUUUCGGAGGUGGAUUUUCAGGACUCCGUGCUGGUGUUGGGAUUCUCAGAGGAGCUCAAUAAACUUCUGCUCCAGCUGUAUUUAGAGAACAGGAAGGAGGUCCGUCAGAUUCUCAGCAAAGUCGCCCCCAGCCUCCCACAUUACCACAACCUGGAGUGGAGGCUCGAUGUUCAGCUGGCCAGCCGGGCGCUCCGGCAGCAGGUCAAGCCCACCGUGACCCUGAAGCUCCACUUGGAAGACGGAGCGAAGCGCAGCGCCCGGGUCCUGCAAACGGAUCCCGCCACGCUGCAGCAUCUCAUUCAGCAGCUGGAGCGAGCGCUCGCCGAGGUCAAGAGCAACCACUGUCGCCGCAUCCUGCGCAACAUCAAAUAGAGCUGCGCUGAAUUCAGCGUAUCGUUUGUGCCAUAAGGAUCAACUGGUGCCUUUGCUUUGUAUUAAAUACACAGUUUACCCAAAACUGAAAGUGUUUUUAUCGUUUACUCACCCUUAUGUCAUUUCAAAGAUUUGUGUACCUUUGACUUGAUAGUCAAAGUCGGUGAAACACAAACCGGUUUGGUUCUUCAGAAUAUCUUGAUGACGCGAGAUGCUCAAUGGGAGACAAUUUGACGAGUAUUGGUAACCAAACAAUUUCAGGUUACUGUAUUUUGUUUUGGUCGUAUUACGAAAGUGAAUGGGACCUGAAACCAUUCAUACCAGCCUCAUAGCAGUUCGCACAUGUUUUGUCUAUUAGUGUGAAUUUGUGUUAACUUCUCUCAUUCAAAUUUGAGAGAUUUUGGCUAAAUUUUACUUUUUUUACAUUUUUUAUACAAGUUCCCCAAUUCACACAAAUUCAUACAACCUCACACAAAUUUGUGUACUUAUUGCUUACUUUUUUUUUACCUUACCUACCCCCUAACCUCUGCCCUAAACCUACCCUUCACUGGGGUCUAGGCAAAUCGUACGAAACUGUAUGAGUGAGGUGAUACAAAUUAGCCAAUGUUCAAAUUGGUUGUAAAAUUUGGUUACCAACACUCAUCAGAAUAUUUUCUAUGUUGCGCAGAAGAAAAAAAGGGUGAGUAAAUAAUGACAGAUUUUCAGUGUUUUGGCGGUGUCUUUAGAUUUAUGUCACUGAAGGUUGCUUGUGUGUAUUUUUGGGCUGAAGGUUUCCAUCCCCAGCAACACAUGCAUCUUUUGGACCAAUUUAUUGAACGUCGGUGUUCAUAAUGUAGAGUAAUGAUCAGGUUUUGGCUGAAUCUGCAGAUUUAAUUUUUUUUCUUUUGCAUUUUGUGCACCCUUGUAUUGAGUGAAAAUCUGAAAAAAAUCAAAUAAAGCUGGAAGUGCAGUACAGCAGAUUCGGCGUUUGCCAGUUAAACAUGCCAAGAUGACCAAUAAACUGCCUGUUUCCUCAUUGCACUGUUAACAUUUAAAUUCAAUUUCAUAGAUUGUCACGUGCUUUUAUGUUUUUCAUUAGUUCAUGUAAUAAAAACCUUCAAAUUGAAAAA